AACAAGUUCAAAUCACUUUGUUCCCUGGCCUCCGCUUUCUCGUAGUUCUUCUGCUUUCCUGUGUUCACUUUUGCUGUAUUCACUCCUGUGUCCCCUCUUCCCACGUGUGAUAAAAGCACCCGGAGAUCGGCAGUGGGUGAACCUUGCUGCUGUAUUUCCAAGUGUGCCAGGAGUUUUCUAUCCCUUGUCCCUUCCAAACUCUGCAUUUCCUCACUACAGGAAGCUACUUUGCUGAGGACCAGCUUACAGUGACCUAUCAUGGCAUCCAACAAAUUCGUUAUUAAGUGUGGGAACUUUGCUGUCUUGGUGGAUGUUCAUAUUUUGCCUCAAGGUUCCAGUAAGGACACCAGCUGGUUUUCAGAUCAUGAGAAAGAGGAGGUCUGCAAGCUGCUAGAAGAAGUUGUUGCUUCAAGGGUCAAACACUAUUUGGAGGCACCUAAACAACGUGGUCAGUGGAAACCCAUGGAACAUGGAUCAGCUGGGCCUUUGUUUCUUACAGAAUCUUUUCUGUCCAUUUUCUACACUGCUGAUGCACAAGGAUUUCUGUCAUUUUUGGGAACAGAAACUGGAAAAGCCUCGGAGCUUACAGCCAACAGUUUGCACAUUACUGCCUACUUUAUGAAGAGAUGGGUUAAUCUCCGUUGUGCUCCAGGGAAACAUUAUCAUGAACUCCGUGUGUUUCCAGAGAAAUUCAUUAUUUGUGUCAGUAAACUUGACUUUGAUCCAAGUGCUUGGACAUGUGACAACGGUGGAUUGAAAGAAGAACUUUCCAGCAGGACGUCUGAAUAUUUUACUGAGUCUGCUGAGAACAAGAAACCUAAGAUUCGUCUGAGUGAACAAAUAAAGCAAGACAUCCUAAGGAAAAUUGUGAAGAGGGCAAAACCAAGGAGAAGUAGUGCAAGCAAACCUCAAAUCAGCAAGGGCUCCAAGAAAGUGUCUCUUGGCUUGGCGGACUCGCAGACAGAGAACAGAAAAAAUGACUGUGAGACUUCUCCCAGUGCUCAGCCUGAUGUGAAAUGUAGGAGUCCAGGCCUGCUGAAGGACUGCACAAACACAGCUGAGAGCAGCUUGGAGCUUCCUGUAUUAGAGCAGAGAAAUGAUGUUAAUCAGAGACAGCCAGAUGAUGUUCACAGCCAGCAAAAACCUCACUCUCUGCAGUGGUUGGAGGCAAGUCUUCGAAGUGAGAACCCUCCUUGCAGCUCUGAGUCAGCGCUGCCAGCUCCAAAACAAAGUCAGAGAGUGACCAAAACACAGGCUAAGCUAAGGACCUGUGCUUCAGAGGAUAAGUUGAAGCAUUUCACAAAAGUGUCCUCUGAAGGGACUCCUUUGACUUCCAUCAGUACAGAAAUGAGUAAGUGUGAUGAUAAUUGUUUGGAGGAGAAGACACACCUUAAUUCCAUGCUGUUUUCAAAGCAAGGGAUGACAAAGACUGUGGUUGACAAGAAAUCAUUGACUUUGAGAAAAAACCCCUCCUGGUCUCUUUCUGUGAGCAACAGUGGAGUGCAGACAAGCCAAAAUGAGCCAAGCACAGCCACUGAAGAGCUGCCUGCAGUGCCAACAUCAUGUCCAGAACUGCACCCCAUGUCUUCAGAGAAGCUCUCCCAAAAAAGAAAAAAAGAAGUGGAAAAUGGUCUUGGGAAGUUAAAACUGCGAAGGCUUAAGAAGUCAAAAUCUGGAAUGCUGCCUUGAUAGCAUGGGUGGUCAGCCAAGGUUGUGUGUAAGCAAGGGGUAGGAAGCAAUUCAAAAUGGUGGAAAAUAAUAAAAAUACAAAAUGAAAAUUGGGGAACACAUUUUAAGAAAAUAUAGUUAAUUAAGGAUCUUAGUCAAUUGGGACUGUAGUAAAGGUAAUCCUUUUAAGUCUUUAGGAAUUGGUCAUUAUUAUUGCACAAGUCAGCAGCAUAUUUAUGGAAAGAAAAAUCUCUUAUAAAAUAAUAUAUACUAAGCAGUAUUUUGGAUUUAUACAUAUUCAGUGCUAUUAGAAAGUCAUAUCAGCUGGUGACAGCAAAAGUUGAAACCCCUUGUGUGAUCUGUUAGCAGCUGCAGUUAUUUGGUAUUUUGCUUGUUUCUGAGCAUGUUGUUUAUUUUAGUAAAAUUUAACCCUUUCUCUAUAUUAGAAAAUUCAUGGUUUACUCACAUAAUCUGUACAAUAAAGCAAAUUAAGUUUAUUUCAAAUAAACUUUAACCAGGAUUAAUAGCUGAUGAUUUGAAGCCCACUUUUUCAGAGACGUUUCAAAAUAACUAUAGUUUCUGCUUAUGUAGUUUUGAUAUGAAUGUGUAAUUCUAGCCCAUGUUGUGGAUACAGGUCAUCAUGCAUUCAGUCUUGGGGACAAAUGAAGAUUGUUUUUAUAUAUUUAGAUUUAUAUCUUUAUAUCUGGAUGUGUAAACAUCUUUCUUGGGUGAAAUUCAUAUAUAAACAUGUGUACACAUCUUCAUGGAUAUGUGUUUCACAAUCAGGCCUUGCUUGUGUGCAAGGGCAACAUGCUGGUUUCAUGUGGUACUAAUACCAGAGUUAAAUCUUAUUUUAAGAUAAAUUUUUAUUUCACAGUGCUUGUUCAUACUGCUUCUUAAAUUUAAAUGCUAAUGAGCUAAGGAAAUGUACCUUUUUUAUUUCAUGCUUAUCUUUUUAAAAUGUGUAAAAUAAAUUUAUAAACUGUUUUCUUU